GCUGACAAGAGCCGGGAGCCGCCGCCGCCGCCGCCGCCGCCUCGGAGGAGCCGCGCCGGAAGCGAGAGCGGGAGCGGGGCCGCCAGCCGCCGCCAUGGGGAACCGCGUCGCGCGAGAAGACUUCGAGUGGGUCUACACCGACCAGCCCCACGCCAGCCGGCGCCAGGAGAUCCUGGCAAAGUAUCCAGAGAUAAAGUCCUUGAUGAAACCUGAUCCCAACUUGAUCUGGAUUAUCACCAUGAUGGUUCUCACCCAGCUGGUUGCAUUCUACCUCGUGAAAGACCUGGACUGGAAGUGGGUCAUAUUUUGGGCGUACGCCUUCGGCAGCUGCAUAAACCACUCUGUGACUCUAGCUAUUCAUGAGGUCUCUCACAAUAGCGCCUUCGGCCACUACAGAGCUAUGUGGAAUCGCUGGUUUGGAAUGUUUGCUAAUCUUCCUAUUGGCGUUCCAUAUUCAAUUUCCUUUAAGAGAUAUCACAUGGACCAUCAUCGCUACCUUGGGGGUGAUGGCAUUGAUGUGGAUAUUCCCACUGAUUUUGAAGGCUGGUUUUUCUGUACCACUUUCAGAAAGUUUAUAUGGGUUGUCCUUCAGCCUCUCUUUUAUGCUUUUCGACCUCUGUUCAUCAACCCCAAACCGAUUACCUACUUGGAAAUUAUUAAUACUGUGAUCCAGGUCAUUUUUGACAUUACAGUUUACUACGUUUUCGGAAUCAAAUCUUUGGUCUACAUGUUGGCAGCAUCCUUACUUGGUCUAGGUUUGCACCCAAUUUCUGGACAUUUUAUAGCCGAACAUUACAUGUUCCUAAAGGGACAUGAAACCUACUCGUAUUAUGGGCCUCUAAAUCUGCUCACCUUCAAUGUGGGUUACCAUAAUGAGCACCAUGACUUCCCCAACAUUCCCGGAAAAAGCCUUCCACUGGUGAGGAAGAUCGCUGCCGAGUACUACGACAACCUCCCCCACUACAACUCAUGGAUCAGAGUACUGUAUGACUUUGUGACAGAUGACACCAUAAGUCCCUACUCGAGAAUGAAGCGCCAUCAAAAAGGCAAGGUGGUCCUGGAGUGAAGGUCCUUAGAGUUGAAACCAUUCCUCUGUGGCGCUUCACGGCGGCUAGAAAGUGGGAUUGGAGCAUGAUUGAUCUCAGCCUGGUGAAGCAGAGAAGCCCCUCUCAUGGUUCCGGAGGGUGAGCUCCGAGGCCCCCAAGCUUCCUUGGCUUCCCACGGUCAGCCUGCCUAGCCCGCCUUCAGCUUUGCUCACAGGGAGCGUGUGCAUUGUGUCAUCACUGUGGAGGACAGUCUCCCUGGCGUCUGACAUUUUGUAAGCAUAUCAUAAAAAAAGCUAUUUCUAGUACAUUAUUUUCACUAUAAAGUUGUACUUUAUUAAAACAGCUAAUAAACUGAGCUAUUAAUCACAGUAGUAUUUAUCACAUUUUCAUACUUCACUGUGUUUAUCUAAUACGGUACUGGGGUGAGUUCACUUCAAAAUGCCACCCCACCCCAAAAGAUCUGGAAAUCUCUUUUCCUAUAAGCUGAAUUUUUAGUUUUUACUAUUGUACGUGAAACUGAAAUGACACACUCCUGAAUCCUGCAUAGCCUAUUCAUAAAUAAAGGACUUACUGCGUUCA